CAUCCUCCAUCUUCCAGGCUUGCCCAGACGAGAAGAGAAGAAACAAACGACCCUCCACAGACUCGCUCUAACUGAGGGCUCAAGACUGCAGAGAAAGUGCUGGCCCCAUCUCGAGCUGUCAAACCACAGGAUCUGCUCAGAUGCAAGAGGCCGACCAACCUGCUAGCGAGCUGCAGGGCUUGGUACUUGCAGGGCAAGAGGAUUGGAGCAUGGGUCAGAACAUAACACUAAGUGGGCGAGCACGUAAAGGGAGCAAUCACAGGGCAAAACUGGACCCGAUGCCCUGAAAUAGGUCACAGGGAAGUUGCAAGCUGCAGGCCGGACCGAGAACAGCCAGGGCACUGGGGGGCUAUUCCUGAGUCCAUCCCCACGCCCUGCUGCGCCUGCCAGUGAUAAACACAUCUCUAAACAUGCAAUAAACAACGGGCCCUGUGGUGUAAAUUGGUAUCGCUCUUCUGAAGUCCACGAAGCUUCAUUGAUUCACCCCAGCUGGGAUCUGGCCCCACUGAGUCCAGAGAAGAUACGGCCAAUUGACUCCAGCUGGGGGAUCUUACACAGAAAUCAACAGAAGCGGGAGAGGAGAGGAAAGAAAAAAGUCCAGGAUUUUUUGUGUCUAGGCUAUGUCUACACUACAACCGGAUCGAUGGGGGUCGACUUAGGAGGUCUAAUGAAGACCUGCCAAAUCGACUGCAGAUCGCUCUACAAUCGACUCCAGUACUCCACCCCGAAUGAGAAGAGUAAAGACGGACCCAGUCGUUGGCCUCUUCACUUCCAAGCCACACUUUGGCUCAGCGGCAGCGGAGCGAUGGCUGGAUUGGGUCUAAUGGAAACUUAACUUGAAUUUCCACCCCCGCUGGUUUUGGGUGGCCAUCGAGUUGGCUGUCACAACGCUGAUAUGAGCGGAGACGUCUGCAGGGCCCUCGGGGGCGUAUAAAGGUGAGAAGGACCCCUCAAAACUCAGCCCCCACUGCUUGGGGGAACCCAGUCACUUAACACCUGGUUCUAAACGACUGUGACUCACGCUCAAAUUCACCUCGCUGCAGCAGAGCAGCCGCUCCCGUGAAAGGAGGAUUCACGCCCAGCGUCCAUCGACCGCACCAGUUGUGUAGACAUGGGAGCAUCGACGCAUGGGCCUGGCCAUCCCAAAACCGUUGGGAAAGAAAGGGCAACGUGUCUGGAUUCAAGAUGGCUGACCCCAGCAGGAAACUGCCACUGAACCAUUGAACGCUUUAUUGUCACGGCCAUUUUGAAGGCAGAACUUCUCGUGUCGGGGGCUCGCUGCCCAACAGGACGGCUUUCUGUCAGCGCCUCGGAGGCACUGGACUGCCCCUGCCUCUGGUGUCAAUUGCUCUUGGGUAAGGAGGUGAGACCUGCUAAUGAAGGAAGUCCCCAACACAGAGAUAGGAUGGAAAUUCACUAGCCCCUAACAGGUGCUACUUCCUGAUUUAAAAGGCACCACUUGCCUUGGAUUGCACGUAUAUCUCAGCGGUUGCCCUUCCACACAACGUCUCUUGCUGGGUGCUGUCAUCUUUUGCUGUUUGGACCAUGACUGAGGAAAUUAUCUACACGGAUAUAAAUGUUCUGGAAGAUCCAUCCCCUGCCUGCCAACCCUCUCCCCUUAAACACCAUGAUCUCCGGGGAUUUGCACGCAGGCAUGGGUUCGUUCUGUGGAUUGCUUUGGCUGGCGACGUGAUCCUGGCUACAGCGGUAAUUGCACUGGGCAUUCAGGUUUUCCAGGGCCGCUCCCUGCAGACGGACACUGACGCAGUCUUAUCGGUCCCUGAGAACGGCAGUGUCACUCAGAGACACUCCCCUGGCAGAGAAUGCAACAGGAGCCUGGAGGACUUCGUGUCUCGUCUGAAGCAGAGUCUGUGUCACUCAGCCCAGAGCCCCACUGCAGACAGCUCCAGCUGCAAACUCUGCCCCAUGGACUGGCUGUCACACAGGGGAAAGUGUUUCUGGUUUUCCAAAGACAGCAAAAACUGGACCGAGAGCCGUGCUGACUGCUCAGCAAAGAGCUCUCGAAAGCUAGUGAUCCAGGACCAGGAGGAGAUGGAGUUCAUACAGAACGUCACACGGGGUAAAUAUCACGUCUGGCUCGGGCUCAGUGUUACAUCUGCAGAGAAGAACUGGACCUGGGUGGACAGCUCCGUGUUAGACCAAACCCUGUUCCCAGUAACAGGUCCUACUGACGUGAACAGUUGCGGGGUGAUAAAAGGGAAUCGGAUUCACUCUGAAACCUGCAGUGCUGAAUUCAAAUGGAUUUGCCAGAAGGAAGCCAUACAGCUAUAAACAGUGGCAUUAGAGACACUCGUUCCUGUAACAGACCAGUACGCUGCCUUGGGUUUCAGUCUUCGGGCCAGACUUCCAGGAGCGGAUGUGCCUGUGGAGACAUGUACGUGCAUCCUCAAACCAGCUGUUUGUAUCUUCAGCUCGGGUAAAUGCAUGUGCAAAUCAGGCCCAAGGGCAAAGGAGCAUCUAAUGGACGUAAACACUGCACCACUGACUCUGUUUCAGCAAGAACACGCCUCUUCCUCCCCCUGUAUCCCCUUUCACCAUCAUUGAUUCCCUGGCUCCAUCCCUUCCUCCUUCACCCCUUUUUAUUCACCCCCAAUGCCUCUUCUGCUUUCUGCCUCUCAGGCCAAUACUUCAAUUCCCUUGUUCUCCACCUAGCUCAGUGGGAGGGACACUUUCACAUCCUUGUUCUCCUGGAUCUGGUCUCUCUGCCAUCUCUCCUGGGUCUUCUCCUGCUUUUCUGACUAUUCCUCCUCCAGCAUCCCCUUGACAAGCUUGGAACUUUUUUAACCUAAGGUUUUUCAAAUCAGGUGUUUCAUGGAAGCCGACAAUGGCUUUUGAACAGUUUCAGUUUUGAUGAAUUGGCAUUUUCUGACCAAAACAAAUCAGAACAUUGCUAACCACGACUAUGCAUUUCUCAUAUUUUUUGUGAAUUUUGCAUCAUUUGUAAUUUCUAACCACCUCUCUUCAUUUUCCAUUUUUAAUAAAUUAUCAACAUUUUGUAUAGCUUAUAACCUUUCAUUUUCAGAAUAAGGAUAUUUUAAUGUUUUUGGCAGCGUAGUCACAUGGUGGAUUUUUAUUUAAUUAUUUUUUUAAAAAUUAUUUUACAAAAUGAAAGCAAUAAACAACAAAUGUUCAAGGGAAAAUUUGCUAAAAAUAGUGGUAAAAUUUAAAAAGAAAUUAUUUUAAAUGAAAAAUACUAAUGUCGAGAAAAGGACAUUUUUGACCAAAAAAUCCCCCAAACAAACCAAUUUAUAUUUCAAAAAUAGUGACUAAAUACAACUUUUAAAAAUUAUAAAAAUUGAUAUUACUGAUCUCUGAAGGGAUAACUUAGUGGUUUGAGCAUUGGCCUGCUAAACCCAGGGUUGUGAGUUCAAUCCUUGAGGAGGCCAUUUGGGUAUUGGUCCUGCUUUGGGCAGGGGGUUGGACUAAAUGAUCUCUUGAGGUCCCUUCCAACCCUAAUAAUCUAUGAAAGAGCAACAAAAAUUAAAACUACCACCCCUGUACAUCACACAUAAAAAGACUUAUUUUACUGCUUUUUAUACAUUGUACAUAGCCACCAGAUUUCACUGCUCUCAAAAACGCAACAGGACUUGCCUUUCUCUCUAUAAAUGGGAAAAUGUAAUGCCAUAAACUAGCAUUAAAUGGGAAAAUAGUCAAAUUGCAACACAGCUCUGUGUUAUCUACAGCUCAAAACAUGUUCACCUUUUGGGAAUUAGAAAGCUCAUAUGUGGGUGCUAUAUGCCGGAAGAUGGCACUGUGGUUGUGUGUCUGUGCAACCCAGCACAAUGGGGCCCUGAUCUGCGUGUCUGUGCAGAACCCGGCAUAAUGGGACCCAUAUCUUUACUGAGGUCACCAGGUCUAUAUAAUAUACAUAAUAAUAUCUGGAAGCUGGCUGGGCUCUGGAUUUUCUAGCAGACAUUGAUAACAACAAUACAUUAGAUGGCAGAGGUCCAUAGUGUUGAAUGUCCACAACCACAGUAUAUGGCUUUGUUCUAGGAGUCUGUCACAGGACGAUUAUUGAUCUGGUGCAGCCAGCUUAAUUGUGGGUGGGACAAACUGUACCCCUAUGUUCAUCCUUUUUACACGCUAAUGAUAAUUUUUGUACAAAGUAUGCCUUGUGAGGUAUCAUUUGAGAACGCAUAAUCUGCUGAACAUUAUUGUCCGGGUAAAAUAUUUGCAGUAUCAUUGUUUGUCUAUGUAUAAGAUUAUAUUGUAUAGCAUUGCUGACAUAUUCCAGACUUAGAAAAUCAGGCCCAAACCUGUUCUUCGGAGACAAAGACACACUGGUGCCCCAGGCAGAUAUCAGCAUAAUCAAAUGAACUAUCAUGGACUAUCACCUAGUUAAGUGGCCAUUUUUUGGCAGGAAGAAGAGUGUGAGCAAGAAUUUUACAUAUUGGCAAUGGAAACAGCUGGACGUCCUGUGUUAGCAGACUGUCUGUUGCCUGAACCCCAGCUGGAGAUAAUCCUCAAAGAAGGGAGAAUUGUAUAAAAACAGAAAACAAACAAAACACAAAUUACUUCCCUCUCCUCAUCUCAACUCAUGGCAGCUACAAUGUUUGAAAGACAAAGGAAGCAUCAUUGAACUAUGUGGGAGGUCCUGGCUGAAGCAAUCCAGCCAGACUGCUGUAAGCUUAUUGGGAGAGAAAUUUUUUUGCUUUUAAGUUCAUUUAGCUUGUUAAGCAUUAGCAUGUGGUUUAUCUUUUUAUUUUCUUUGUAACCAAUUAUGACUUUUAUG